CUGUUUCUAUGGUACACUGCAGUCUAAACAUCAGUGAGCACAAACAGUUUAAUCAACCACCGUGUCACCUAAUUUGCGGUAAGUACGCAGAUUUGCAAGGCUUGAGAAAUGAAACUAUUUAACACUUGUACAUUAUUAGUAUUAUUACUAUAAUUAAUAGCAAUUAUCGGUUGCUUUUCUGUCGAAAUUUUCGUAGGUCGUGCUCGUCGGUAAUGAAAAAUGCGAGGGGCGGAGCGCGCAACCGCAACCCCGCGGCUUUAUAUAGACGGAGGCCUACAUCCUGCCGGCAUUGUCGGACAGAUCAUUCAUCUCAGUUAAAAUGUGGAGAAUUAUUUGCGUAUCGUUGUUAGCUUGGUUUCUUCUGGUAACGGAUGUGGCGAGCCAGGAGUACCUCCCGCCCAAGCCCGGCGGCGGCAAGAAGCCUGCUCCGGAACCUACUUUACCAGCGAACUACGAUUUCUCAUACAACGUGGAAGACAGCGGCGUGAGCCUCGACUUCGGUCACAACGAGAAGCGAAAGGACGAUCGUGCGACCGGCUCGUACCACGUCCUACUGCCAGAUGGGCGUAUGCAGUUGGUGGAGUACGAAGCUGGACCUGAUGGAUAUAAGCCACAGGUGAUGUACAUGGGCACAGCAACGUAUCCCGCGCCGGCGGCGGACAAGUUCGACGGCUACCACUACAACGCGGCGUCCAACCGCCAGAGCGUGCGGCAGGCCGCGCCGCGCCAGGCCGCUCGCACCGCGCCGCCUCCACCCGCAUCCCCCGCUCCUAUAGCCGCCCCCGCUAACGCCACGCAAUAGACCUUGGAUC